AAAUCAUCAGUUGCACUCAAGUCUUCACCAGCAAUCAAUCGAAUCGAAUAGAACGGAAAGCAAGAUGCGUCUAACACUCCUGGCCCUCAUCGGUGUCCUGUGCCUGGCCUAUGCCUACGCCCUGGAUGAUGCCGCCGACAACGAGCAGGUGAUCGGACUCCUGGACGUCGCGGAUCAGGGAGCCAACCAUGCCAACGAUGGAGCCCGAGAGGCCCGCCAGUGGGGCGGCUGGGGCGGACGAGGAGGAUGGGGAGGCGGCGGCUGGGGUGGACGAGGAGGAUGGGGUGGACGAGGAGGAUGGGGCGGCGGCCGAGGAGGAUGGGGCGGCGGCGGCUGGGGUGGACGAGGAGGAUGGGGCCGCGGUUAGUAAGGUCGAUACGUCAAUAUCGAGCUGACAUUGCUGACCACGCCUCUGCCCAAACCCACCUCUUGCCCCACGUCAAAGGACAUCCACCCAUAGAUGUCAAGGCGUUAAUAAAGAACUUGAAGCAUUAAAA